CAAAUGUCAACUAUGGAGCAGAAGGUCCAAGAACUUGAGGCGGAGAAAGAGCGAGAGCGGGAGUCUUCCAAGAAUAUCCAGCGCUUCCACGCCGGCCAAGUGCGCGACCUUCGUGCAACAUUGGCCCAAGUUCAAGCGCGUCGCGCAACCGUCGCCCCUGAUUUGGCAACAAAUGUGAGGUCGUCGGUGGCUCAGAACCCUGAAGUUGCAACUCGACCCCACGAUUCCAGUGGCGUAAUCAACGGAAACGCAAGUGUCACAGGCCAGAGACGGGAGACAGCUGAUCCGAAGAACAGUUCCGAAGUCGCCGCCUCCCAGCUAAGAGCGACCCUCGCGCAGACUUCCGCCGACACUUCCGGCAGAAUCGCGCGCGUCAAGCGGGGACAUGGCGCUACGGAGACCAAGGUGACGCAGGAUGUCAAGCUCGAGCCUGUGUCUCUGGGGAAGACGUCGGAUCCCAGGAAAACAGCGACCUCUAAGGCCUCACAGGACUCUAAAACAGACUCCAAGCGCUCUGCACCCAAGAAACACCAGCAGCAGCAGAAGAAGAAGCGUCAGGAUGUCAAUCCACCCUCGGACUCAGACCCAAGCUCCGAUUCCAGCGAUGAUGACUCGUCCUCUGAGAGUUCGGAUGACAGUUCGGACGGGAACCCUGGGGUUAACCUGACGACGGCCUCUACGGCUCAAGCUGGCACUACGCUCCUGACGUUCCGACCGUACAUCAACUCGAAUACUCUGGGUGAGUUCGAUACUAAGGCGUCACUCAGGGAACGCGUACAUUGGUGGGAGCAUUUUGCGAACAUGGCGGCUCAGAGAGGUUGGUCUACAAAGAUGCGAAUUCAGGAACUCAAGUUGAAAGUCUCGGGAGCUGCGCGUGACUGGUUCAACCAGUUGUCCAAACACACUCAGCGUGACUGGAAGGAGUUGGCGUCUGCAUUCAGGAAGAAGUACUGCAAAGCGCGGGGUGGGGACCCAGUACGCGCCGGGCUGAAGAAGGCCCCAGAGUUAUGUGUUCUAGUGUAUGUAGGCCCGGAGCUGAGAACAAGAACCCAAGAUAACCAACAAUGCAUGACUACUUUGACUCAGGAUUUCAUGACUUCCCCUGAAAAUCAGCAUCCUGAACAAGCGAACGCUGGGUCGGUGAACUCUGAAGGAAUUGUGGAGUACAAGCUGAACCCUGGAGAGCGCUACGGAUGGUGGGAAAACAAUGAUCCUGACCCAAAGAAACGUGAUGUGGCGAUGGUGCAUGGUGCUGUGAACGACUGCCGGACGAGAGUUCUCCUGGAUACCGGUGCGACUGUGAAUAUUGUGAGCUUCGACUUAGCGCGUAAGCUCGGACUCACACUCAAGUCGCACAAGCAAACCAAGGUGUAG